GGGCCUCACUGGGCCGGAAGCGCGCGGCGUGCGGCGGGGGAUCGGGCUCCGGGUCUGGCUGCAGGCCCCGUGCGCGGCGCGGGGUUCGGGCCGCCAUGGUGCUGAGCCCGGUGAUCGGGAAGCUGCUGCACAAGCGCGUGGUGCUGGCCAGCGCCUCCCCGCGCCGCCGGGAGAUCCUCAGCCACGCGGGUCUCAGGUUCGAGGUGGUUCCUUCCAGGUUCAAAGAGAAGCUUGAUAAAGCGUCCUUCCCCACGCCUUAUGCCUACGCCAUCGAAACAGCCAAGCAGAAGGCCCUGGAGGUGGCCAGCAGGAUGCACCAGAAGGACCUCCGGGCCCCCGAUGUUGUCAUCGGAGCGGACACCAUUGUGACGGUCGGGGGGCUGAUUCUGGAGAAGCCGGUGGACAAGCAAGACGCGUACAGGAUGCUCUCCAGGUUGAACGGGAAAGAGCACAGCGUGUUCACGGGCGUCGCCAUCGUCCACUGUUGCACCAGAGGUACAGUGCCAGCAGCACCCUCCCCAGGCCCGGGGUCACCGCGGGAGGAGCACGCUCCUCCGUCCCCGCAGACCUGCACCCUCACUUCUGCCUCCGGAAGUUGGGGCUGCAUGGAGGCCUUGAAGCACCUGACAGAGAUGGGCUCGCCCGCCCAGCGUGACCCACACAGGGACAAGGCCGGUGGCUAUGGGAUCCAGGCGCUGGGAGGCAUGCUGGUGGAGUACGUCCACGGAGACUUCCUCAACGUCGUGGGCUUCCCCCUGAACCACUUCUGCAAGAAGCUGGUGGAGCUGUACUACCCACCCCGCCACGAGGACGUGCAGCGGGUCAAGCACGACUCCAUCCCACCUGUCGACACUUUCGAGAACCUGAGCGACGUGGAAGAGGGCAGCUCAGACCCUGCUCAGGGCAAUGAGGGUGGCGGCCACCGAAGGGCAGAGGCGGGCAGUGGCAGAGGACAGGUUCCUGCUGGCUCGCAGGGAGCAGACUCUAACGGGACAGUGGAGAUCACGCCCCCGUUCCCAGCGGGCCUUCUGGAACUCUUAGAUGGCUUCAAAGCAUCAAAGGCCCUGUUCAUAGCUUGCAAGCUGAAGGUGUUUGAUGUACUCAAAGAUGAAGCCCCACUGAAGGCCGUGGAUAUUGCAGGCAAAAUUGACGCCUCUGUGUGUGGAACUGAACGGCUCCUGGAUGUCUGUGUGGCCCUGGGAUUACUAGAGAAGACAGACAGAGGUUACUGCAACACGGACCUGGCAGAUCUGCAUCUGGCGUCGGACGGCGAGUAUUCUCUGCACGGCUUGGCCAUGCACAGCAACGACCACGCCUGGAACCUCUUCACAGACCUGGAGCUCGCGGUGCGGGAGGGAGCCAACGCGGCUUUCGGGAGGAAGGCGGAAGACCCCGUUCAGGUACCGUAACUCCGGACCAAGCAGACCAAGCUGCAGUUCAUGCGGGCCAUGCACGGCCUCACCAACCUGACUGCACGCCAGGUGGCCACAGCCUUCGACCUGUCCCGAUUCAGCUCCGCCUGCGACCUGGGAGGCUGCACAGGUGCCCUGGCCCGAGCGCUCACCCGGGAGUACCCGCGUCUGAAGGUGACCGUGCUUGACCUCCCGGAGGUCAUCGAGCACGUCCCGUGCUUUCAACCUGAAGGACGGCAGACCAAGCGGGUCAGCUUCGUGCCAGGUGACUUUUUCAAGGACGGCCUACCGGAGGCAGAACUGUACAUCCUUUCCAGAAUUCUGCACGAGUGGCCGGACGACAAAGUGCACGAGUUGCUGAGCCGCGUCUCGGGCAGCUGCAAGCCAGGCGGUGGCAUCUUGGUGGCUGAGACAGUCCUGGAGGAGAAGCGACCAGCACGGGGCAGCCUGCCCGCGUCCUUGAACCUGCUGGUGCGGACCCAGGGGCGGGAGCGCAGCCUGCCCGAGUACCGCAGGCUGCUGGAGCAGCAUGGCUUCUGGGACGUCCAGCUGGCGCAUGCGGGAGACAGGCUGGACGUGGUCCUGGGCACCAGAGCCUCGCCACCCUGAGGCCCCCGGCAUUACACGCUGCUCUCCCAGGAGGCCCACGGGGGCCCCGUCCCCAGUGUUGGCCGCCAGGUGCAACGAUGACCGAUAGCUCACCAACCGUGUAACCUAACAGAUUAAAGCAGCAAAACGCA